AUGGCAAAGGCGACGCCCCGUCCCGUCUCUCUGCCUUGGGCGACCGUUCCAGAAGAAGGUGUGGCCGACACCAACCUCCUCCAGUUGGCCUUUUUCGACGAGGCGGGUCUCGUCGUGUGCAGCGAUGUUCACCUUGUAACGCGCGUGCCACUAACGCCGUCCUCCGUUCCGCUCGGUUGUGCAGCGUAUGCUUCCCGGGCAGUCAGGACAUUACGUCAGGUGCGCGUAACAGGCGAACAGUCAAGACCAUGUACCCCUGUUCAAAACUCCUUUGUUCUAAUUGACCACCCUUCAGCCUAGGACAUCCCCCUAUGCCCCAUACCCAGCCAUGCCUACAAGCCUCCCCACUUGUGCUGUCUCCCGUUCUCAGUAGACGUCCUUCUUUAACCCGCCUUCUGUUUUGCAUACGCAACAUUGGCGACGCAGCUUAACAAACAUGGCUUCAUUACUGCAUACACAGUAACCUUUCUGGCCGAAAGGCGUUCCCAAACCCUCGUGGUCGCAAUGUAGAAAGACAUUUGAGGAUUACAUUGAACUGCUUCCGAUGCUGUCGCCGACGAUUGCACUAGACAUUACCUCCAAAUUGGAACUUCUCCGAACCAAUCUUGGAGUGUUGGGGCAACGGUAUUUCAACGCCCUUGAUUUAGAAGAGGCUACUAAUCUCGAAACAACAUUCAUAGAGCUCGAGUCAGCGUGGGGAGGAAAAGACAACGCAUUCCUCAGCCGUUAUCGGUUUUGUCAGAUGCGCAUGGAAUCCAGUCAAUGCAUCGGUGAUUUUAUUACGAAUCUGGCUCUGGUCAUUCGGGACUGCUGGUAUAAAAAGGUCACGGCAGACAACUUCGAGCACUCAAUGCUCGUUCAGCGGUUGAUCGUUGGUUUGUGAGGCGGGAAAUCUCGGGAAGCUCACUUAUCAAGGAAGAGUAAUUUGUCAUGGGAGAAGGCCUGUGAUAUCGCUAGUCAUCAGGAGAACUUACGGCAAAAGCUUCAGCAACUAAAUCAGUCAAACGCUACUUUGGAGCCCGAAGUGGCCGUCUCCGUAGUCAACACUGCUGGGUUUUCACCUAAGCAGAAACCAUCGGGUCCUUCAAAGCACCCACCGUCCUGCUACCGCUGUGGUCAGCAUCAUAUCCGUUGGUCAGACGGUAGACACUGGAAAACAGUUUGCUGAUUUUGCAAGACAAUCGGCCGCAUCGAACAAAUGUUUUUUCCCAAAAGACGAAUGAAUAUUAACACUCGUGCCACCUACUCUAAUCCAGCCGGAGAUGAAGGGCAUUUCUCCGAAUGUUUUCAGCCGACACGGCGCUCCAAUCGCCCUACACUACCACGCUUCCGAUUGAUCGCCAUCCCGUGAAGUUUGAACUCGACACUGGCUCGACUGCUACUCUCAUCAAUGACGCCCAUCUUCAGAAAUUACCCCCCCCCCUACUUCCGGCUAGCUCAACAUUCUGUAGUUACCUUGGACAGAACGUAGAGUUUCGAGGGGUCAUUACGGCUAAAGUUGAGCAUGAGGGAGAACUUCGUUACUUGCCGGUUUAUGUGGGGAGAGGAAGCCAGCAGUCAAAUCUCCUCGGACGGAAUUGGAUUAAAUGUGUGCCCUCUGUGCUAUUUUAUGUGCAUCGGAUUGGUGUAAACCCAGAUUUAGAUUGAAUUUUGGCAUAUGAUAAGGGCCUGUUUCGUGACGAUUCUGCUACCCACUACCGCGGUCCACCUGUUAAAUUCCAAUUUUAAUCAGACUUUUGGCCCCGAUUCUUCAAAGCUCGUUCAGUCCCCUAUGCAGUCGCACCGAAGGUCAAAGAAGAACAGGAUAGCCUACAGAGGACGGACAUUAUAGAGCCCUUGCAAUAUUCAAAAUGGGCAGCCCCUAUAGUUUUUGUCCUCAAAUGCAUAGGCUCUGUGUGAAUCUGUGGGGACUACAAGCUGACGAUCAGUUCAGCAACGGAACUGAAUCCUUAUCCUCUCCCGCACCUCGAGGAUCUCCACGUAUCUCUCUCAGAUGGUCACUAGUCUACAACUUUGUACCUGAGGCGUGCUUACAACCAAGUCGUCUUAGAUACCGAAUCCCGAGACGCCACCACCAUCAAUACGCAUUGGAGUCUGUUUCGAUACAAAAGACAACCAUCUGGAGUAAGUUCUGCUACCAGUUUAUUUCAAUGCUUGACUGAUAGCCUCGUGAAGGAUGUACCUCACGCUUUUUCACGUCUUGACGGCAUAUCAGUAACCGGUCCAUCGGAAUAUAGUCAAUGCACUUGUAAUUCUGUCAGCGAAUUAGACGGUGGACAUCGAGAGACCCCUUUGAAGCCGGGUAAAAAGAUCCCUGCAAUAACGCUGGCCUUCAUCUGCCUGCCCUGAUUUUCAGCCAUUCUAUGGCCGUCAGAACGAGUUGAGUCUACAAGACGGAUGCGUAUUAUGAGACAAUCGUGCAGUUGUGCCACCACAAGACUGACAGGGCAUCCUCAGAGUUAUGCAUAACGCUCAUCCUCGUACAUUUAGAAUGAAAGCUCUCGUCCGCAGUUAUGUUUCACGGCCCAAAUUUGACGCAGAUAUCCAAAAUACGGAAAAAGCGUGUCACAUGUGUCAAUUAACACAGAAGACCUUACCGAAGGUGCCUCUGAAGCCUUGAGCCAGCACCAUCUCCCCAUGGAAGAGGGUACACACCGAUUAUUUUGGGCAAUUCCAAGCCAUAUGGUCUUGGCGGUGGUUGACGUCCACACUGAAUGGAUUGAUGCAAUCACGACGGAGAACUCCUGUCUUUCAGUUACUAGAAUUAAGAAGUUGCGACCGGUCUUUUCUACUUUUGGAAAUGACCAAAAAUGACAAUUUUCACAAGGCCGCACGUUGACUUUGUAAAACGUUAUCGUUCAGAUUACUGUGCUCCAGUAGAAAACUUACUCUGGUGCGAAAAUAUAACUAACAGGAGUUAGUAACAUGGGUAAUUGCUUGACUAAUAGGGCGCCAUUGGCUUCCGUUCGCGUUUACAAAUUGUACAUCAAUAAAACUGCCUAGAAAUGGUUUUUGUUAGGGAGAAAGCAUUACCUUAACGGCUGAUACGAGUAAAUAUAAUACAGAACGUUUCAGGCGUCUAGAAAUGAAAGGUUAAUCUGACGUCUUGAUGUCUAGGUCAGCUGCUGUAGGUGUGUUUAGACAUCUAAAAUACGGUCAUAUGCUUGGUAGGGAUGCUGAGGCCUAAAUAAUGUACAAGCAAAUGGUAAGUGUCCGUUUGCGGCAGUGAUAUUAUAUACCAUACACUAACCUACUUCGGUGUUUUCUGCUCGGAAAGAGUAUCAGAUAGCAGGCUAUCUUUCCGUUUGCAGGAUCCGGACUUGUUGGUGGGCUGCGUUUGAUGCUUCACGCAACACCACAGACUUGUACAGUUUGUAGAUUGGAUUGACGGUGCCUUUGACCUUACUCUGCAAGUGCCUACUCUGACAUCUGCAGUGUAGAGGAGCGUAAAUGAGAGGCCGGUUUUCGAUUAUGCGGGUGACAUUCAUAACUGCCUCUGUUUCACCUCAGGUGUGCAUCCGCGAUUUGUGUAUAUUUUGAGGACAAAUCUUCGUGUGUACCCUACUAUUUGCAAAAAAGACGAAUGUAAUCUUCUUCAUUCUCCCCCUAAAAGUGUCUUUUUUUAUUAGCCCUGAAAUGCUGGUGACAGUCUGGUUACAAAUUUACCCAUUCAAUGGUAGGGGGCGCUCACCAAUCUUUCUUAUGGAACUCACUCGUUCCGUCGUGCUUUACGGGCUCUCUCUCGAGCCCAACCAGCAGUCGCACAGCGGCGCAUGAUAUAGGCAGUAUAGUAUUACCGAAAAAGAAAAAGGAGACUGGAAUGGCCAUUUCUGGCUUAUUAGCCGUCGUCUGCCAGUCAUACCCAACCCCGAAGUGGGAAACACCCGAAGUUGGGGUGUGACUGGGUUCGCCUCGUCGGUUUCGAUAGGGAAUAUGUAAUGGUACGGAACGAGUGAGUUCCGUAAGAAAGAUCGGGGAGCGUCCCCUACCAUUUUAUACUCCCGAUCAAAACCGACAGGGCAACGAGCUCGUGGCCCAGUGGUUGGAGGCUUGGAUUUCUAACUAACAGGUCGCGAGUUCGAGCCUCGGGCGUUCCACACUUCGGGGUUGGGUAUGACUGUCUGACGGCGGCUAAUAAGCCAGAAAUGGCCAUUCCAGUCUCCUUUGUCUUUGUCGGUAAUACCGUACCCAUUCAGUAAAAUACGCCCCGUUUGAGGAUCAUCUUUUAAAUACAUGCACCUGGACUCACUAAGCUGUUUAGGGUGCAUAUGCGUGCCCAACUGUUGUUUUAAAAAGUUGAAAUUUUCGACCCACUUAGGCGCUGUUUUCCUUCUCUGCGCCGGCAGUCUCAGCAGCUGACGGAAAUUUUCAAACGAGAAUAUGGUGACAGAUAGACGGCCAACUAAUCCCAAAGGGGCUCUACAUGUAUGAUACCGUGCAAAGCACUCACGAAAAACAACACGAUUUUUCCAAUUCCUUUGUUAUAUUUUCAGAUCUCUUACGUUAAUUUCGCCAGACAGUGACAACAGCGGGUAAAACAGGCUUCUCAGAUAAAAUGUUAGCUGAAAUUCUGAAAUGCGGUCUCGACUGGGAGAGAUUACUCAAAUGGGCCUGCGAUAUUGAUUAUUUGCAGCAAAUCACAAUAUAUAACAGACAUAUUAGAGCAUUUGCUUUUAUAUGUACUUCUUUACGGCUGCCUGAAAAAACCACACCCUGAAAAAUCGGUUACUAACAUCAUAUUAUGCACUAUGUCCACCGACUUUCGAAGCCCAUAUAUACGUCAAAUUUUAUGAAAAACAUGAACAAAGAUUUUUUUCUUGUACAUGUUCGGUAGAAACGUACGUCUUCUUCCAACUUUGUGCUCGAAGAAAGGGCAUCUUUUAGUUUUAAAAAAAAGUUUCUAAUAAUAAAUUUUGCAAAACUGUGCAGUAUCCGCUCAAAUCAUCUAGCACCUGCCCAUUUAGUAAUGCUCCUCGUGAAGCAUACAAUAUAGUCCGCAUCUGCUACAAAACAUUGUCAAACUUACAGGUUAACUUCAACAUGCAAAGAGAAAUAUAUGAUUUUCCUUACACGGCAAGCAUAAAUCUUUUGGGCUGAAAACCGUAAAUGUAAAUGAAAUGGCAGACAAAGUUCAGAAUUAUUUGGAAAUUGAAAAACUAUCUCAAAACCUAAAUAUGCCCUUUCCUUGAGUAUAUUUGAAGAAAUGGUUUUCUGCCAAUGAACUACAUGAAAUAAUAUUUUCAAGUACGUUUCUUAUAAAAUGUAUGUGAAUUUAUAAUGGAAUCUAAAAUCAAUUAGGAAAAUCCGUACUAAUUAGUUGUCAUUUUUCACUGACGGUGGUUUCACAGGCGUAUGUUGACAUCCUGGCCCGAUUGAAAUAUCAUGGGGUUAAGCUGCAUAACGAUCAAUAUUACAAUCCCACUUAGGCAACCCUUCUUAAUUGAAAACGCAUAUCUGGAUUUCGGUUAGCAGUUCAUGAGAUAAGUUACUGACUGCACAGUCUGCGUUAGCUUUUAAUUCAAACAUCAAGGUAAUUUAUAACUACAGACUAGAAGAACUAAGGAAAUGGGCACGACCAAUAGCCAUGUUUUAGGGACAAAAAUGUACCACCGUCUGUAACACAAUGACAGGACAAUCAAUAUGAAUUACGGAGAUCUGUGUUCCAACUCAGCUACCAAUGCCCACUUUCCAGAUGUGAAAGUCUUGCUAUACUCAAUAGUCUGACGUCAGGAAUACUCUGGAACUCAAAAUGCCCUCAUAUUACGGGCAGCGUCACGGAAUUCGCCUACUUUCCCAGAGGCAUCAUAUUACUGGGACAAGGUAGCGUAGAAUAAACGCUGGGACAUUUCAAAAACAACUCUUCAUCAAACACGUAUGAAGUUACUCAUGUGAUAGGUGGCCAUAUCUAGAUGAACUCAAAUAACUCAAAGAUCUGCAUACCUUCCUGCCUCAGGGAGGAAUGCAGGUUGUGUAUUUGUCUAACUUAAACGGCACAGCAGUUGGCAGUGACAUACUUUCCUGUCAACGUUAGACUCAUAACUGCAUCACAAACGCAUGUGUAACCAAUACCUUCGACAACUUUACAAAACUCAUGUGGGAACACACCUAGUGCACUCUCACUAAGGCACCUAAAGGCAGACUGAGGACCUGCUGAGCACGUGAUGUUUACUUCAAACGACAGAUGUGAUGAAGACUUGCCACGCGCUUCAUCAUUUGGGUGCCACUUCCAGUCGGAAGGAGCAGUCUGUAGUGAUACUUCUGCACCGCAUAACAUUUGCUCAUGCAUGAUCAAGCUUUGCGAGGGCAGGAACGUUUCAGAGAGAGCAAUAUCAAUCUUUUUGAUUGCGACGAAUGGCCUUACAAAGGUAUAUUGUAGUGUUGCCAAACGCCAGGCAGGAGUCAAUCUAACAUCCAUUUUGAUGACCCCCGUCGAAAUGCACUUUUUGCCUAAUUACAAAAUCCCAUGAGCUUUGUAGGUCGUCUUCUUAAUAACAAAGAGAAAUGUGCGAUUUUCCUUACAUGGUUAGUAUAAAUCUUACGGGCUGAAAGCCCUACACGCAAAUGAAACGACAGCUAGAGUUCAGAAUCAUUCGGAAUUUUAAAAAAACUAUUUUGAAACCUAAAUAACUCAUAUUGACCCAAUUGUGAAAAAACGACGCCUCGGUGAGAUUUAAACCCGCGACAGUAGGAGGGGAGGCUUUAGUACAGCCAACGCUCUAACCAUCUGAGCUACGAGGCCCUAAAUAUUUCAUUUCCCUGAAUAUAAUAUUUGAAUAAACGAUUUUUCUACCAAAUUAUGCAUGUAUUUGGUGGAUUGAUGAACCCACGAACAUCAACACUAUUAGAUACAUCCAUUCAUAUUUUGAAUUUAUCCAUCUUGGGUGGUGCUGUUGAUAGGCGGAAAUAUCUGGCUUAAAGCACGUAGUUGUUAAGAACCCCAUUUUAACUUAAACUCGCGUCCUGAAAUGUGAGCCUCAUGUCAAUGGGUGGGUGAAUAAACCUUUAUCCUAGGAACAAUGUUACGGAGGAAAAAUAAAUCCUAAGUCACACCCAAUGAUAUAUUGAGGCGUGUAAAGGAAUACGUACAGCUAAUAGGGCAGUUUUGGCGGCAGGGCUCUAUUACUCUGUCCGGGCUCGUCGACGUAUUAUUAUGUUCGCAGCAUGACUGACUCAGGUAGGCGGUUAACAACUAGUUCUUUAGUCGCCGCCUAGAUUAUGUUGGUUGCGGUUAGACUAAGAAUAACAUUAGUAGCUUACCUUUAGAUUUCCAGGGUCAGCUUCAUGUUUAUAUUUGCUUUAAGGUAACAGUUAGGUUUGUUAUUAGGCCUAUGAUAAGGGUUACCCUCAGGGUUAUCUUUAAGUUAGCGGUUAGGUUAGGAUUUCUUUUGUCGGUUUGGUGGAUAUUUUGGGGUGUGGGUUAGUGUAAGGGCUCGAAAUGAAUUUAGUGUUAGGGUUUGGGGUUUGUUCUUUUGUCCGGUUUAUGAGUGAGCUUUGGACUAUGGUUUAUGCUUGGUCUAGGGCUGGGUUAGUGCUUGGUCUACGGUUGGAGUCAGAUCAGGGUUAAAAGUAAAGUUCAUAGUUAGGUUGACGGUUAGGCUUGCAGUUAGGGUUAACGUUAAGGUAUUUUUUUAUUAGGGGUAACGAUAGAAUGUAGGAUCGACAAGUAAAUGGGAACUACAAAAAUAUAUCCUAAUUUCAAUGUGAUGCAAACAUCACUUAUUAUGGAUGAAAGCGAAUAUGCGAGUCCCAGGUUCUUGUGGCAAAGAUGAACGCGCGAUCACUGGGACAGUACGUAUGUUAGUUAUAGCUUUCCGUCUCGUACAGGAGGCCGUCGCCUGCAGAAAUAGAAGCAGUGAAGGAAUUAAAAUGGACAAGGAUAUAAAAAUGCUGCUAGCCGACAAAGGAAGAGCAAUCGUCAUGAUGAACCGCGUCGAUUAUAACGGAAAGACACAAGCCCUCCUCGACGACCAACAGUCCUACAAAUAGUAUUGUCGACCAAAGAUAAGGGAGAUUGGGAUGGCCAUUUCUGGCGUAUCAGCCGUCAUCAGCCGGUUCCAGGUGUUCCACGAUUCGGGGUUGGGUACGACUGGCUGACGACGGCUAAUAAGCCAGAAAUGGCCAUUCCAGUCUCCCUUUUCUUUGCCGGUAUUCCUAUCCUGUCUAUAUCAUGCGUCGCUGUACGGCUGCUGGUUGGGCUCGAGAGAAAGCCCGUAAAGCACAACGGGACGAGUGAGUUCCGUAGAAACGAUCGGUGAGCGCUCCUCUACCAGUCCUACAAAUCUGUGCCUUCCACGCGAACCAAAUCGAUGAUCACUCAAGUAACCAGUCUCUUCAACCGACUCAGACGCAACAUUGCGAUACUGUUAGACGAGUGGCGACAGAUAAGACCAACGGACACGGCACCGGCUCGAUUUUAUGGAUUACCCAAAAUCCACAAGCCCAAUGUUCCCCUUCAACCGAUCUUUGCCUUGAAAGACAGCACCACAUACAAUCUAUCCAAAUGGAUGGCCCGUAAACUUAACUUUCUUCGAGAGGGCUAGAGGACCCCUAUCAAUUCGAUCUCCCAACUCCUGGCCGACAUCCGAGGAAUAUCUAUGCGACCUGAUCAAAUUAUGGUGUCCUUUGACGGGCUUUCUUUAAUCACUUCCAUCCCACCGGACAAAGCAUGCGAUAUUCAACCCAAAAGUCUCGAAGAAAACUACUACGGAACGAUCAGACCUCUAAAAAUCGACCAUUUACUGCAAAUCCUUACUGUCUGCCAACAUACCUUUUUCACCUUCAAUGGCAGAACGUACGAGCAGAUCAAAGAAACACCGACGGGUUCGCCAAUAUCCAGCCUGGUUGCAGAACUAGUCUUAAAGGAGCUGGAAAAAGUCGUCAUCGACCACUAUGUAUAUGAGUUUUGGGGCCAGUACAUACACGACACUUUCCUUAUAAUUGAAAGGAGCAGACUCUCAGACUUUCAAGACCUGCUUAAUGCCGUCUUCUCCGACGUUCAAUUCACAAAUGAAGAAGAGCAUGCCAAACAGUUGCUUUUCUUUGGCGUUCUCGUCGCAUGCACAUCCAAUGGUGAACUCAGCACCACGGUGUAUAGGAAGGAGACUAAUGCGACUCAAAUUCUCAAAUUCCAUAUUAACUCCCUAAUGGCGUAUAAACGCAGCUGUAUUAGGGCACGCUUCCAGAGGGGAAAAACGUACUGCAGUGAACCGUAAGGAGAACUGGGAGAACUACGGCAUCUUCGGGACUAUCUGACAAGGAAUGGAUACCCAAACAGCUUCGUCAGCUGCUGCCCCAGCACGCACCCGCGGCGAACAAACGGAGGAGAGCCGCUUACACUCCAGCACUCUGUACCAUAUAUAAAUAAUGUGUCCGAAAAAACGAAAUGUAUCAUUGGAGAGCUCGGAGUGGGUAUUGCUAACCGUCUGACAGAGAUCAUGCCCAACAAAGCAUUUAAAUAAAGAACCGACGAGACGUAGGGGAACAGUCGGGUUGAAGAAGGCACGAUCGCCGGGAAAAAAGCUUUAUUAGUCUGACGUUUCGGAUUCCUGUUCGAAUCCACCAUCAGAGACAAAAGCAGAUAAGGUAUGCGGUAGCAUGGCUACUGCAUCCUAUAAAUACUGCAGCCGCAUAUGCAUGAACCACCCUUAUCUGCUUUUGUCUCUGAUGAUGGAUUCGAGCAGGAAUCCGAAACGUCAGGCUAAUAAAGCUCUUGUCCUGGCGAUCGUGUCUUCUUCUUCAAGACUGUUUCCUGGGGCUCGUCUCUUUGCUUCUAUUAAACAGUCGAGUGUCGUUUAUCUGAUCCCAUGCCGGGAAUGCCUUCGCCAUUACACAGGACAGACCGGACGACGGUUUAGUUCGCGAAUGACGGAGCAUCAACAGGCAGUCCGGAGGUGCGGUCCGUUGUCUCAGGUCGGCACUCACACCCUGGGGGAAGGCCACGAAUUCAACUUUGUGAGCACUCUGAUAAUGGCGGGGAUCAGCAAUAAGACAGAGCGAGAAAUGCUGGAGGCCUGUGAGUCUGAAACCAACUCCAUCAACAGACUUACCCCCCUGCUAUCACGCUCUCCCUUCCCGCGACCAGAAGGCGAGACCCAAUUGCCAGCCAAGGGUGCACACCGUCACGCCGCCGCGAGACGGCGUGGGCUAGGCCUUAUUGCGAGCACCCUGCACUACUAUCCCCCUUUGCCCUGACUACGAAACUGCUAAUUUCACGUCGUAUUCUCACGGUCUCUGUCAGUGGCCUCCUGUACCAGACCAAAAUCUCAGAAUAAUAUAAGUACUGUCCCAGUGAUCGCGCGUUCAUCUUCCUUGCAUCACCUAUUAUUCACCGUUCCAAGCGUUUGAAAUUUCCUCCCCUUCCUGACUAUAUGUAAACUUACCAGCUGCGCCUUGUUCAAAGGCUGUUAUUUUCUGAAAAUUACUUUUCAUCUAUUUUUCAGUUGUCGCGCUCAUUUUCUUUGCCAAAUGACAGCGUACGAUAAGACUUUCGGCAAAAACUUAUCCAUUUUCUGUGUCUUCUCGCUCUCCGUCCUGUGUGGUGUCCCAACGGCAAAACCUCCCCUACUACCAUUCAGCGUACGAUAAGGUCCACAGGCUAGCUCGAGUUAGUUGGGGGCCCUACACCCUAUCGUUGCCGGGUUAGGGUUCGGGACAUUGUCCAGAUUUAAAUAUUAGGCAUACGGUUAGACUCUCAAUUAUGGUUGUUGUUAGGGUUGAGGUUAGGGUUAGGUUUUGGAUUAGAGUCGAGGCUAGGCCCAGGGUUAAGGUUAAGGUUAGCAUUAAGUUUCGGAUUACGGUUGGGGUCCAUUUAAUACCGCAAAAUAUCUUCACACUUUUUCAGUACAUACCGACACGUUUUAGAUACUCCAUUUAGAGUGUUCAGUAGCUUAAGUUUCACUUUUAAUCCUUUGCUCAAGAUGUUAAAGUUUUUUUACAAGUUCCAGGAAAUUUGACAAUUUUCUCAUUAUCGUCGCAGUUUAUGUUUACCUGCUUGGUUUGCUGUUUUGUAAGCCGCCCAACCGCGCUACCUGUCAAAACCCCCUUACUCGACCACCAAUAAGAACACAAGGCAGUGGCCUAAGGGAAGUUAAGAGAUUAUUUAGGACGAUGAGAAUACGCUUGGAGCUCAGACAGGAUAGGGGACACGGAGGGUGCUUUACGGGAACUGGUUGGCCUGGACGCGGUCCUUCGUUGAUACAAGCAAGUGAGAACGGCGAUGACAUGUGGAGGUGUUCACCAGUCCAAGGUGUCUGGACACCAAUUGUCCUCGGUAUUUCUAAUGAAUAGACCAAAUAGGCAGGAUUAAGCAUGGCAAUGAAAGGUAGAAAAACACAGAGGAUUAGCCAGUAGGAUGAUAGAGGUCGCAAACUACCAUAUAUCGCAGUGUUCCAAUGGCCAAAGGGAGAAAAGUUUAAGAUGGCUAGCGCGGCGCCGUGGUGCCGGUGGAUAACCGGCAAGGCACUAGGGGUUCUAACACAUUUAAUUCAAAAUUGGACAAACUGUGUCUACAUCCCUACAGUUUGCUACGCUCAUCUGACACCCACUUUCCUCUGCAUUAGCAUUCCAAGGUCAUUCCCAUUGGUUAUUGCUUUGUUCGGCUCAGUUUCAGCGACCUUGACCGUCCAAUUACAUUUUCUAAGGCGAUCCUAGUUUUCCUAGGUUACCUUAACCACUUUUUGAGUUGAGAGCUCAUUACUCUAUGAGUUUUGUGCUGAUAUAAACGAACAUUGUACUUUUUGGGUCAUUCCUUGACACGAUAACAUCACUUGGUGACUUUCCUAUUGUUUUCCUUCUGCCCCACCCGUAAAACCCCUAUUACCACGGUUCCCUGUCUGCAAAAACGGUACUGUUGCGAUAAUAUCUCUUUUACUAAGCGGCCGUAACAGUAAUCCGACUUCAACACUAAUAGCACAAUCCUGUCUAAAGAGCUGCGUCUGUUAAUGAGUGCUGUUUGAGUGAAGGCCACUAGGUUUAGAUUAAAGUAUCCGCCAACUUUGAGGUCCAUUUGCUAGAGAGGAGGGCGUAGGUGAGAGGGAAAGCCCACUGUGAGUAACGCUGCUGAUAAGUAAGCGGAAGCAUAAAACAGUAAACGCUUGACUAGCCUUAACCCGAGCAACUUUCGAUGACGGAACAAAAGAAUCGCUUUUCGGAUUAAGGCGUCUUAUCUUAAAUCAAUGGACGUAGGCGGCAGUUGAUUUUUAAAGCCGGCCAAAAUAAGUCAGCAAUUUUCCUUUUCAGCUAUCGAUUCUGAUCAAUUUUUCAAGUAUUUGCAUAAAAUCGCAGGAUUAAAAGAAAGUAACGGUGUAAAUUUGUUUAAUAAUAGUAGGAUUUCCUAGGAAAAUAAAUGUCCCUUUGUAUACACUGGAAAUACUAACAUCACUAGAACAUAGGGGAGGAGGAAAUUUGGCGCUUAACGACAACCCCGAAAGAUAAUCUUAUCUGAUGGACAUAAUAUUUAUUGGGACGUCUGCAAGAUAACUACGAAUUAGUCAUCAGAGGUACUAAUGACCUUAUUCGCCUGACGUUUCGGAUUCUUGCUUUAACACAUCAUUAGAGACAGUGGUAGAAACGGGUUUCCUUGAUCGACCCUAAGCUAUUGGGCCAGCGCCUCUUAGCAACAGCAGAAGCGGCCGCAUUAUCUUAAGAAAACCGACCCUAUGCGCCCAGAAGAACCUCGUUCAGGCUCCGCGCUUACCGUAGUCAAAGGUUGACUAACCGCAUACAACUUUCUGCGCCCUUCCGCUCUUGCCUAGCCUGUAUUUAAAAAGUAACUUUUAUCGUUUUUUUCACUCACUGUACCCCAUCCCAUAUAACUGUACUGGCCUGACGAGAAGUUAUCGAAAGCAACGUUCGCUCGCCACUUUUUCUUCUGAAUGUUUUGGAACCAGUUUACCUGACUGGGUUCGUGCAUUUAUCCAAAUCUAUUUGCCAAUAACUUCUUGAUAUAAUCCCUCCCGCUUUAUUUUCCGUUGACAUUGUGUUGUGUUAAACCCACUCUACGCCCUCGCAAUUCUGGCCGACUACCAUCGUCAUAUUGGCCUUGGGUUUCAAACGACUAAAGGUCACUCGGUUUCGUCACAUAGGCUGCAAUAGCACUUUUCCUUUUCUCCGACAAGCUGAACCACGGCCACUCAACAGCUUUCAGCUCAGACAGAUUCCUUCAGCCAACCACAACUGCCCACACCCUACUUGAGCACUUAACCCCUCGGGGACGGCAAGACGACAGUUCGCCGGUCGCAAGCGGUGAAGUCCAUUGCGUGCCCCACGGAGUUGAGGCACCGGCUACUGAUGUGUAAAUUAGCAGCCAGUGGGGAAGACGUUCUUAGCGGCAGCUACAUUUCCUUAUCUCGCUCCCCAGGUUGAGAUGGUGACGCAGUCAAGGUGGGCUCAGGUACAGUGACAGUCAAAGUACGCGCACUAAACAAGACUUGGUCCCUCCCCCAGAUGCACCAGGGUGCAUCAAUUGGCGUGCUCCCUACUGAAGUGAAAUUUGUCCGUUGCUGCGUGCGGCGUCUCUCGUGCGCUAUUCAUUCUAGAGUCAUCCACUUUAUCCCUUUAGUCAGGAGGCCCACGAAAUAUGACGAUCACGGUGGAGACAUCACUUCAGUCAUGACCAUAUACUUGAACCUUUCGUUAGGUUAUACUGGAGUCACACUUAUUUUUAGGAAAUGGGGGUUGACUACGUAAGCUGAUGCCUUAACUGUACGUUCCCACGUGUGUUGUCACUUUUUGACACCUGUUACUGCGUACUUUAAAUUUUUUGUUGGCCUCAGAAAAUUAUGCGAAUCUGUUUUUCUCCAAGCCUCAUACACUUUAUUUGAAUUUCCCGUUUUCUUCGCGCGUAACUUGACACUGCCCUUCUGACUAUACGCCACAUCUUUCUGACUGUGCGUCUGGAGACAUUUGGUUGCAAGCGUAGCAUUUAAGUUUCGCUAAUCAUGCCAAUUACAGAAACGUGAUUCCGUACAAUCCUGUACUUAGUUACACCGUUUCCACGUACGGGCGGCACGAUGUAAGCCGAUUCAGGCGACUGAAUCUAGACAGGCUACAAAGCAGCUAGGUUCAACAGACUCUGUGUGAGCUACGCGAACGUGCCAACUGUUGGCGGUCGAGGUACUCCACACUAACUGCAAAUAAGUAGCCUCCACCAGAGUGUAGAAACGAGAAUGACUGUUUGUGGUAAUAUUAGCAGUCGUCGUCUAAAUAUACACCCAUCACAGGCCGGGUGGACCCUGACUGAGUCGGUUGUCGAGCGAGUGCACCACCAUUACGUGCUCACGCCCCGUUGGCGACACUUAAAGUCGAGCAGAUACGAUGUUUUCCUCCCUCGCUCUCCGUCUCACUUUCUCUUGAUUGGUCGAACGCCUGUCUUUGGAUGCACAACUAGCAUGCAUGAGUAAGUACCACACCUACUUGACUUCGUGAAACCGCUGUUGUAAACGUCAGGCUCUCUUUCAAGGUUUCAUGAAGAAGUACUUCAGUUUCUCAUAACUUUACGCGCCACCCACGCAUGAGAGGGGAGGGGAAGCACAGCGUGCACAACGAAUCGGUCUCAAGUUCAUAUGGCGAGACAACUUUGCCAAACCGCCAUGAGCGAGGGCAAAAAUUCACGGUCCAACUGUCAUUGCCUUUAAAUAUCAAUAAGGUCUGCCAGCAAAAUACCCCAGUUAUAAAUAUACCUCUUUCACCUGACUGCGACGUGACUCAGAAUCCUGCCAGAAGAGCCGAUUUUAGUUUCGUUAAAACCACGUCCAGAAAAACCAGAAUGCCUUUCCAACAAAUGCGCCCAUAAUGUUCAUCAUGACUGAAAAACGGCGUCUAUUCGGAGGCUUGUUCAAGCACUUUACUCAUAACCGGGCAUGGUUUUAGAUGCUCUAAGAGCGACACUGACAGGCCAGGUCGUAGUGAGGAAAUUACAUCAGCUUGCUGAUGGAAAGUGGCUCGAAUCGCGUAAAGACGGGCCCUCCUACCACCGCUGUCUUGCGGGUUAGAUGUUGCAGCUUAGAAAGUCCAUAUAACGUGUCUAGUAAAACAUAAAUCGGGAGGAGGGAUGUGUUAACCGCUCACAUUCGGCAGUCCAAACCCGGGAGUUAUGGGAACAACGCGCAUACAUUUGGUGGUCUUUCUAGUGGGAAAACAUACUCAGUGAUCAGUGGGAUUCCCGCUAAAAUCAGACGGCUGCCAGUUUGCAACGACUAUCACGGCAGGAUGCGGCCAGCGCGCUCUGACACUAGUCAGAUCUACAUGCAUCCAGUACCGCCUAAUCAAUACAUCCUGAUCGGCCUGUUUUCAAAGGUCGUGUCACAAGACAGAUAUGUGACGUUAACGGUGCUGAGUCAUAGCAAAGCACCAAAAGGUGCACAGACAGGUUAGAUACUCGUUUGUGCAAACGUGACUUUCCCAACGACUUGUUAAGCCUUUUGGAGUAGAGAAUCAGCAUAAGGUCAAGCAACAUUACCUGACGAAGAAUGGCGCUGCAUAAAAGUGCUGUCUAGGCCCCGGCAACAAAUGACCCAACUAAAAAUCCAGCCACGCUAGUGAUUUUCUCCUUACUGCACUGCACCUUGCUACACGACAGUUCGACCAUCGAUUUCGACUAUGCCCAGCGUGUGCUCCACAACAGGGUGAAAGCAGGGACGAGGACUUGCGUGUGGGCUAGUUCAUAGUGAUGGUAGACUUGCACAGCAACUACCGCACUUCCCCCUCCUUUGCCACCUGGGCCAGGUGUCAUGACCAAGUCAGGAAGACAGGUGAGAAAGGUCGCAGGCAACUGACGCGGCGAAAACCCGCACGUAGGGGUGCCACCACACCUGGUCUACAACAAACACUCAGCGAGAAUUUCCAACGAAAGUGGGCGGAGGGAACAGCCGAGAUCCCAAUCGGCGCGAUGCGAGCCUCUCACUGGACUUGCCACCACACCCCGGAUGUUGGCAUUUAUUAUUGUUGCGCAUCCCCCAUAACGCCUGGCAGAAUUCGACCUAGUCUUCGUGCUAGUCCAGCACAUCUGCCGCGUGGCUAAUUUUAUGGGCACACUACUACACAACUAUAAAGGCUGUCAUUGGAGCUAAAAUACUUUGGUCGGUCUAGCUGUGUAUCACCGGCACCCGACUCCCCGGUAAUCCCAAAGCGCUGUGAAAACGAGAUACUGUCGGCCAAAGAAGUCAUGGCGCUGAGAACUUUACAAUAUAAAACAAGAGCGAGAAGAUUUAAAAGUUUCCAAAUAGGUCAAAGAAGACUACCAGACAGAACAGCGAGGUACUGACGCAGGAGGGAGAAAAAUAAGUUGUGAGCCAAACUAAUGUUCAGUUUAAUACCUCAAACUGGGUGUCUUGGGCACAAAUUAGACGGAAGGAGCAUGGGCGGGGGGAAACAAGAGAUUUGAGUGGAGGAAUGUAGGAGCCCAACUAUGAAGAUAGUUAGGUGUGUAACGGUCGCCAGGGGACACACCACAGUUGCCUAGGGAGGAUCGCACGCUGGGUCGCGCUUAUCCGCGCUGAGAGGGGUGAUCGACGAUGAGGAGGGAUAGAGAUCUACAAAUAGAGAGGAGAAUGAACUCGAAUUUGCUAUGACCGUCAAAUUUACUGACUGCCCCCCACACACACAUGCCUGGAGUGGUGAGCCGGGAAAUCCUGAGUUACAACGACAAAAAGUAGAUUAGGCAAUAUAGUGCAAGUCCUAACCUGUGGAGAUAAUGAGGAAAAUGAUGUCGUCGUUAAGAGGUUCUCGGCUAUCCACAAUGAAGUAGGCUCACGGCAAUGGUACCAACUGUGAUAGCGUCUGUAUGGUCAAAUGACAACGGCUUUGUUCGGCCAAAAACAACUACUCCAAUGGUCUCGAUUUACAAACCCUAACACCUGUCAUAAAUGCGUGUUGACAGUACACAAUCUAAGAGAAGCUAGUCGCUAAGAAUCGACUGACAACUUUUCAGCUUCAGCAACUGAUUGUGAGUAAAAAGAUCUAGUCAAAGAACUUGAACAACACAAUCCAUAGUGCUACCGUGAUACAGCUUAAAGAUGGAAACUGGCUGUCAAAUAAAAGAAACACUUCAGGCGCACACGCAAGGUAAAUGGCCUACUAAGUCAUCAAAAGUCAAAAAACAAGUAAACAUUUCCACCUUCCAAUUAGCAUUCACGGGCAAUUUUUUUAAAACGCAUGGCUUGAUUUCAGCCUGGGCCUCUGAUGAAUGCACAGUCAACUGGUACAUUUGCUUCGCGUUCGCUACUACUACUACUACUACUACUACUACUCCUACUACUACUCCUACUACUACUACUACUACUCCUACUACUACUACUACUACUACUACUACCACUACUACUACUACUACUACUACUACUACUACUACUACUACUACUACUACUACUACUACCAUUACCGGUAG